AUGAAUUAAUCAGAUGAGGCUGAGAUAACUCUUUUAGUGUGCGAUCCAAAAAUAAUUCCAGGAAUAAAUAAAUACAUUGUUUACACUAUAAAGGGAAUGGAUAAAAAUGGAUAAUUUGACAUUUAGAGAAGAUUUAGCGAUUUUAAGACUAUUAGAUAAUUUCUUUUGACUAAAUGGCCAGGGUGCUAUAUACCACCUGUUCCACCAAAAAAAGCGUUUGGUAAUAUGGAAUAGUAAUUUAUUGAUGAGAGAAGGGCAAUGUUAGAAGAUUUUUUAAAGAGAAUAGCAGCUCUUAAAUUUUUAUGGUAUUCAGAAGAGUUUUAAAUUUUCUUGAAAACUCCUGGCGAGAUUGAAAAAGCUUUGUUAUCUAUUCCUAAAAUAACAAAUGAUGAGAUUAUCAAUAAAUAUCAAGAUACGUUUUAAGACUUAUCAGGAAGGGAAAUUAAUAGAGAGAUUAUUUAGAAAAUUAAUGAUUUUAAAGCAUUUAUUAAAAAAGUCUAGCCAAUGGUCUAAAAUUUUAAGUAAAUUGCAAAAAAUAUCGCAGAAGCCAAAUAAUCUCAUUAAAUCAUUUUAAUUGACUUCAUAAUAAGAGUUAUUCCAUAAUAUGAAAAUACUCUGUUAUUAGAAUACGUAGAAUAACAAGAAAAACUUCCUUUUACUAAUAUAUUAUAAAUUGAAGAAGUUAAAGGGUUGAUCGAUUAAUAUUGUGAAUUAUUAAAGGAUCCUAAAUUAUAUCAACUAUAUUAAGAAGUAAGAAAGGAAGGAAAAUAGUUGAAGGCGUUUCUUGAAACAUUUUCAGAAAGAGAGAAAUAUGAGUAUUAGAAAGCAAAUGCAGAAUCACGUUAAAAAGAACUGGAGUUGUAAUUAUAAGAGGUUUUAGCUGGCAAGACUACUAUCAGAACCUUAUUUAGUAAAGGGAAAAAGGAUGAAAACAUUGCUAAGCUAUAAUUUCAAAUUACUGAGGUAGGAAAGGAAAUAGAAAGUUAUCAAUUCAUCUGUGACAUCCUUACUGUACUAGUUGGGUAUGUAGAGAUUGAUAAGUUUAAAGUUGAAAAGUAGUAUCAAUAUUAUAGCAUGAUAAAGAGCAUUAUUUCUUAUUAAAGCAGGCUUUCAGAAAUUGAGGAAAAGUUAUGGAGCAAAGUAUUGGAAAGUGAAUAUCUGUAAUAAUAAUAAUAAUGA